AUGCCUACAGAAAAACAAGAUCCAUCACAAAAUCCUAAUUUUGCUUACUAUCUAAGUAACAGUGAUUUGAAUGCCAUGAAAUUAGUGAGCAUUGAAAUUGAAGGUGAAGGAAAAUGUUUCAGUGAUUGGAGACGUUCAAUGAUGAUAACAUUAUCAGCCAGAAACAAGCUAUGCUUUGUUGAUGGCAGUUUGAAUCAACCAGCAGUGAAUUAUGCAAACUACAUGAUAUGGAUUAGAUGCAAUAAUCUAGUCAUUUCAUGGAUGCUGGCCUCUCUUGAACCUUCGAUUGCAAGAAGUGUUCUAUAUCUCAAAACACCAAGAGCAACAUGGCUCGAAUUGGAAGAAAGGUAUUGCAGAGAAUUUGGACCUCAACUAUUUUCUGUUCAACAAAAAUUAAGUGAGUUGACUCAAGGUGAUGAUGAAGCAGUUGCUAGCUUCUUUACUAAAAUCAAACUUCUAUGGGACCAACUUGAUGAUUGGAGCCAUCACCUUUUUGUGUUUAAACUGGAGGAACAACAAAAAGAGGAUCUGGAAGUCAACACCAAGAACAAUUUAUUUUGUGAUCACUGCAAAAUGAGAAAUGCUGGAAACUCCAUGGUUAUCCGAAAGAUUUCAAGGGCAAAGGAAAAAGAAUAA